GCUAGGUACGAGGUGCAGCCAACGUAGAUGUUGAUCCAAGCGAGGUAUGUUCCCUCCUACCAAACAUGCCUACGAUAGCUGGAACCGACAAUGCCCCGAAGCAGCAUAAAUACUUCUUCUUUGCCUGCCUUCACAGAAGUAUCCAAAAUCAGUCCUUACUAUCUAUUGCGACCUAUCGCUACGCGAACAAUCCUAGCUACCAUGGCCGCUCCGAACCGCAGACCCGAAUACGAAACUUCUGGCACCGGUGGUAAUGCUGAUGCACAUGAUGGAUGCUGGAGAGGAAGCGGCCAAGCUGUCACCGGCGGUAACGGCACCGGUGGUAACAUUCAGAUGCCGGCAAGCCGUGCGGAUGCCAGCAUCAAGAUGACAGGGACGGGAGGCAGUGCCAGAGCGAAUGCCGGGGGCGCUGCAAAGGGUGGCGAUGCAAGGGGUGGCAACCUCACAAUUACUUGAUUUGAUAUGAAACUGAC